AUGGAAGGUAUAAUGGAAGAUUUGCCCAUGGUGAAAAGGAAGAGAACCAAGCGGCAAUGGUUAAAGCUUCCAUUGGCGGAGGCUGCGCCGGUGGCGGCGGCGGCUGUGUCGUAUACGUCGACCUCCGCGGAGUUCUCUGAUUGCGUAACUGAGGAGGACGAAGAAAUGGCUAAAUGUCUCAUGCUCCUUGCCCAAGGCGAUCAAAGGCCAGAUCUUGACAUAACAGAGGACCCGACUACCAGCAUGAAAUCUGACAGCAAGCGAUUCGUAGAGGCGCCGACGACCACCGGCGGCCGCGCUGGAAUUUACAUCUACAUAUGCAAGAGUUGCGGUAAAUGCUUUCCCUCCUUUCAGGCGCUCGGCGGGCAUCGCGCGAGCCAUAAAAAACCCAAGCUUGUGGUUAAUGCGACGAAGACGGUGGUGAUGGACGAGGAUUCGAUUCAGCUAAGCAUGAAUUCAUUCCCUUCGAAAGUCGCCGCAAAGGCCAGAACUCACCAAUGCUCGAUAUGCGGCGCGGAGUUCAGUUCCGGUCAGGCUCUCGGCGGACAUAUGCGGCGGCACCGCCCUGCAAACCUACCGGAACCGGCGAAGAAGGAGAGGAAUUCGAACGGUCUUUCCCUGGAUCUCAACCUCCCUGCUCCCUGCGAUGAAGAUGUCAAUCCAGCGAAGUCUCCUUCCUCUGUUUCCGCGACAAAGACACCGCCUUUCUCCUUUGAGAGCCGAGCACCGAUUCUGUUGCUGACAUCUGCGAUCUUUGAUUGCCAUUACUGAUCAGAUUCUAAUUGAAUUAUGCGUCACUAAUCUCUUUUUUCUUUUCUUUUCUUAAAAUUUUCA